UGAGCUUUCAAGAUUUUAGGUCGGCUUCAAAAGGAGAGAGGGAGUGCACAUGAACUCACGUUUCUUUGAUUUUGGAUUAUUAUAUUUCUGAACAUAAUCGCCGUCCAGGAGUUAGCCUAUUGUCGCAGACACAUCAACGGUUUUGUUCGCUAGCCUUCAAGCUAAAGAAAAUGAAUCUUGUAAUGCACCAAGGUUGAGAUUCUCCGUAGCGAAAUUUGAAUGCAGGAUUAAGUUUUCCCUUUCACGUUUGAUGGUAUUUUCACUCUGUAUUGGGGGAUUGUGCGCGCUCGUGGACAUGAAUCCGGUGUUUUUCCUAGUUUUCUUGUAACAUUGCCUGCGAGGCUUGCGCUGAGGGUCAAAAUACCAGGAAAGAGGACUUGAAACUAAUUUAAUUUUCGUAAAUGGAUCGCCAUUCCAGUUUCAUUUCCAUCUGGCUUCAGUUGGAACUUUGUGCCAUGGCUGUUCUACUAACAAAAGGAGAAAUAAGGUGUUACUGUGAUGCAACGCAGUGCGUGGCCACCGGUUACAUGUGUAAAUCGGAACAAAAUGCCUGCUUCACCAAGUUAUUGGACCCUCAGAACACGAACUCUCCUCUCACUCACGGGUGUUUGGACCCAAUGGUGAAUGUAGCUGAUGUGUGCAGCCCCAGAACUGCUGGUGAUUUGACUGGGGGCUCCUCCAAAAUGGAGUGCUGUCACGAGGAUAUGUGCAAUUACCGAGGCCUGCACGAUCUUGCGCAGAACAGAGGAGACUCUUCAGACCAGGGCGGCAGGUACCCGCCAGAGAACGGCAGGAACCUCAUCACCCGCAUGCAGGAGCUGGCGUCGGCCAAGGAGGUGUGGUUCCGCGCGGCGGUGAUCGCGGUGCCCAUCGCGGGCGGGCUGAUCCUGGUGCUGCUCAUCAUGCUGGCCCUGCGCAUGCUGCGCAGCGAGAACAAGCGCCUGCAGGACCAGCGGCAGCAGAUGCUCUCGCGGCUGCACUACAGCUUCCACGGGCACCACGCCAAGAAGGGUCACGUGACCAAGCUGGACCUGGAGUGCAUGGUGCCCGUGACGGGCCACGAGAACUGCUGCCUGACCUGCGACAAGAUGCGCCAGGCGGACCUGGGCAACGACAAAAUCCUGUCGCUGGUGCACUGGGGGAUGUACAGCGGGCACGGGAAGCUGGAGUUCGUAUGAUCCGCCGCGCGGGACGGAGCCCGGUCUUCCGCUUCGCCGGGGCGUCUGCAGUUCGUUUUUGUUUCCCGUCACCGUUACCAACGUCCAUCCCGUUGAAUUCUGGGGGGGGAAAAAUUCAGCUUUUCAACGGAAACGACACAAGCGAACGCGAGCCUCGCGGUUUCGCCAAGGAGCACUUUACUUGAAAUAAAAGCUGAAUCAGCACGGAGUCGUCGAUAAAGGCGAGCGCGAAAGAGGACGCUUGGCGCAGGCCCAGAGAAUCCUGGACUUUUACUGAUUGCUGAAGGAUUCCAAAUUUGUCUUAUUUGCACAUUUGUAUAAAGUAAAAAUGAAAUAAAAUAGGUUGUUUUCCUUUAAAAAAGAAGCUAGAGAAAAUCACUUACACCAGGGUACAAAAGGACUUUGAGGAGUAAAAAAAAAUUCAGUGUUAACUGUAGCUGUGCACACUCCUCUGUAUGUUCAUUGUAAAGAUUUUAAAUAUAUAUUUUUUGUCGAAAA